UUCCAGAGAUAAAGGACACAGUAUAAAAUGGUGUGGAGUUGAGCCUGCAGCACCCAGGAACUGGCACCAUGCUUGGAGUCCUCUUUGCUGUGUUAACCCUGGCACCUGCAGCCUUUGGCUGUGGGGUUCCUGCCUACCCACCUCUUGUGUCCAGAGUUGUUGGAGGGGAAGAUGCAAGACCAUACAGCUGGCCCUGGCAGGCCUCCCUUCAAUACCGAGCCAAUGGCAAGUGGUAUCACACCUGUGGGGGAACCCUCAUUGCCACCAACUGGGUACUGACAGCUGCCCACUGCAUCAGUUCUUCCAUGACAUAUCGAGUUUUUCUUGGAAAAUACAACCUAGCAGUUGAGGAAAAAGGAUCAAUUGCACUUUCUCCAGAAAAGAUCAUUGUUAAUGAGCACUGGAAUCCAGAGGAUGUUGCAAAUGGGUACGACAUUGCUCUGAUCAAACUCUCUGAGCACGUCACCUUAAGUGAUCAGAUCGAGCUGGCCUGCCUUCCCCCUGCCCAGAGCAUCCUGCCCUCCAACACUGCCUGCUACGUCACUGGCUGGGGGAGACUGCAGACAAAUGGACCCCUGCCCGAUGAGCUGCAGCAAGGCCUUCUGCUGGUGGUGGAUUAUGCAACCUGCUCUGAACCUUCCUGGUGGGGAGACAUAGUGAAACCCACCAUGGUUUGUGCUGGUGGGGAUGGAAUCACCUCCAGCUGUAACGGGGACUCUGGGGGCCCCCUGAACUGCCAAGGGGCUGAUGGCAGGUGGGAAGUGCAUGGCAUCGUCAGCUUUGGCUCUUCCCUUGGCUGCAACUACUUCCAGAAGCCCUCAGUGUUCACUCGUGUCUCUGCCUACAACAGCUGGAUCGAGCAGGUUAUGGCAACCAACUAAUCCAAUGAGAACUGGAUGAGAGAUGCCAAGAAGGAAAACAGUUUGAAUAAAGUCACAAUCAUGACACCUUUGAUCAAAGAACUGGGAAAUAACCCUUUAACAACACAAGCAUUAAACCAAACACUAGUGCAAUAAACAGUAUUUUUGGCAAGAUGAAAACAAAA